CCACACUUCCAAGUUAUCCAUCAACUACCAUCAUUGGACUACCGUCUCUGGAGCGCGCCCUGCGCAGCCUCCUCGCAUUAAGGAUGCCUGGAAUACUACCCCAUAGUCCCACCGCCGUCGACGGGCCAAAGCAGAAAUUGGGCGGAUAUGAAUUGUAUAGAACCGUCCUCGGCAGCCCGAAAUUCGUCGUCGCUCCGAUGGUGGAUCAGAGUGAACUGGCGUGGAGGCUGCUGGCGCGUCGAUAUGGAGCUGAGCUUGCUUACACUCCCAUGAUAAACGCAAAGAUGUUCGCAGGCGGCGUACACAAAAACUACCAGGAGCAGAAUUUCAACAUCCCUAACGGAGAAGAAGGCGGACCCCUCGAUCGACCUCUCAUCGUCCAAUUCUGCGCCAACAGCCCAGACCAACUUCUCGCCUCCGCAAAAGUCGUCGAGGCCCACUGCGACGCCGUCGACAUCAACCUCGGCUGCCCACAAGACAUCGCUCGGAAGGGGCACUAUGGCUCGUUUUUGCAAGACGAGUGGCAGCUAAUCUAUAACCUCGUCCAUACCCUGCAUAGGAACCUUGCCGUUCCUGUUACGGCCAAGUUUCGCGUGUUUGAGACGGUGGAGAAGACGGUGGAGUAUGCGAAGAUGCUCGAACGCGCGGGUGCGCAGAUACUGACGUGCCAUGGACGGACACGAGAGCAGCGUGGACACAACACAGGCCUGGCAGAUUGGGCUAAAAUUCGUGCCGUCAAAGAAGCGGUCUCCGUACCUGUAUUUGCUAAUGGGAAUAUACUUUAUCACUCUGAUAUUGCUCGGUGUCUUGAAGCUACUGGGGCAGACGGUGUGAUGGCUGCAGAGGCCCAGCUGUAUAACGCAACGCUAUUCGCGCUUGCUCCCUCCGCAGACCCUGCAUUCGACGCGGGCUUGCACCUCCCACACGCGGACCUCGCGCUGGAGUACCUUUCCAUCGUCCAAGGGCUCAAAACAAGAACACCGAUAAGCGCGGUGAAGGGACAUUUGUUCAAGCUGAUGAGGCCUGCGCUGGCGAGAGAGAAAGACUUGCGGGAAAGGUUGGGCAAGAUCAAAGGUGCGGCGUGCAUCGAGGGCUAUAUCGAGGUUGCGGAGGAGAUGAAACGUCGCAUGGAUCGAGAUGCGAGAGAGGCAGAAGGCUUGUCGAUAGAAGAGCUUGUGACGAUUGAGCCGACGACGGGACUGAAAGUUCUCCCUCAUUGGUUGGCUCAGCCGUAUUUCAGACCUCUCCCUUCCGAAGCUGGGCAAAAUAGCUGUACGUAUACCUUUAUGUAGUUCGGAAGAUGUGACCUUUUCCAACUCGCAAUUUAAAGUUGGCGAAGUCGAUAUCAGCCCCCCAUCCAAGAGAUCUCACUCGGAGAACGCUCUUGAUCAAGGAGGCAAGCUGGAGGAUACGGCAAAACGGCCAAAGCUGGAGUUAGAGCAAGGGUAGACGAGACGAGACGAGGGGUUACCACCGAUGUUGGCAUGGUCAUUAUUUUUGGGCUUUGUGGAGAUGGUUUAAACAAUGCAUGUCCUUAUGAGCGAUGUACAGACACUGGGAUUAUGAUGUGCAAAAAG